CCGAGUCAUAUUGAGUUGAAGAGGAAGUGUGUGAUUAAGACUUCCUGAGAAAACCGAACGUGCAUUCGAGAGAAUUCAUUUUCCUGUUGAAUGGUUCCACAACAAAGGGUUCAACUCAUCUAUGAUAAAGGCUUGAAGACAUCCAAGUUCCUGAAACAACAAACAUAAGAAUCUUCCCUGUGUAAAUCGAGGUUCUUUCUGAGACAAACAGGAAAACUGAACGAAAGUGACAGAAAUGGCAGGCCCGUAUGGACGUCUUCCGCCUGGUACAACAAAUCUUACACUGAUGCAUGGUUUUGGUUUUAACUCGUUCAAUAUGGAUUUUGUCAAGCUCGAGACACUCAAAUACGAAGGUCCUCCAAGAAAGCAACGCAGGGAGCGAACGACUUUUACUAAAGCUCAACUUGAAAUCCUAGAGGAUCUCUUCAGCAAAACAAAAUACCCUGAUAUCUUCAUGAGAGAAGACGUCGCCACGAAAAUCAAUCUGCCAGAGAGCAGAGUACAGGUCUGGUUUAAAAACAAGCGCGCCAAGUAUCGUCAACUGAAGAAACAACAACAAGAAAUGCAAAACAAACCAGACCAGGUUAAAGUCAAACCAUGCUCCUCAUUACCACCCCCAGGGGACCAAGCUAUCAGUCCGGAACCCAACAAAGCAUCGAAAAAUUUGAACUUUAGAGGAGUCGCAAUACCACAGAAUGACGUCACAGAGUUCCUGAAACACAGUAGUCUGCUGAAACAAAACGUAGAGAAACAAGAAGGUUAUCGGCCUUUUAAACCGGUUGAUAACGCUGUUGAAGACCAUUUAAUGGAUCUGGCGAAUUAUGUUCACAAAAAAUGCAUGACAACUUAAUCACGGAUUGAAAAAGACAAAGAAAGAUAUAAAAAAAUUAAUACGAAGAGAGGUUAAUUGAAUGCUUACUACGUUCUCUGUGAACGACGAAGUUUACCAAUCUGAUCAUUAUUUCUCUACUAUUUCCUAUCUGUGACGUAUCUCGUUUAUAACUUUACCCAGUCCUUCCUAUACUCCUCAGCUAUCGAGCACCAAAGACUUAUUCGCUAUUCAUAUUUAAACAGUAACAAGCUCAAUACCUUAGACGUUCAAAACGAGACCUUGCAUCUUUUGCUCAUGUAAGAGCCGUGUGUGUAUAUAUACCAUGAAAAUUGCCUUCGUGAUGACGUUAGAUUGUAAAGUAACUAUGCCAUUCCGUAAUUGAUCAUGUAAGCGUUGAGAUAUUGAAAUUAAAUGUAUAGUUAGCGGCAGGAAAGUCGAUUCCAUUUUUAAUAAACUCCUACAGAUUCUUUUCAUAA